AUGUAUAAACAUAUAGAAUAGAAAUGAGUUCAUCUAAAAAUAACGGCUACAUUUAUGAACAACAGAAUGAUGUGCGUUUAAAUGACCUUAGUUCAAAAAUUUCAGCAAUUAAGAAUAUCACCAUUGAUAUUCAUCAAGAUGUAACAGAUCAGGAUAGAUUAUUAGAUGAAUCGCAUAAUCAAUUUAGUGGACUUGGACAUAGUCUUAGUAGUUCAUUUGGGAAGAUGAAUCGAAUGAUAUCUAAACGACGUCAGAGACAGCUUUGUUUUUAUGUAACAAUUAUCAUUUUUGUAUUUUUUAUUAUCUAUUAUGGUGCACCUAUCAUAAAGAGUUUAUUUGGCACAAAUAGUGAUAACAGUCUUCCUGAUGAUACCACUUUAUCAAAGCAAAAUGCUGAAGAUAUGUAGUUUAUUGAAAGGGACAUGUUGUUGUAUAAUAAUAAAAAUAAAAAAUAAAAUAAAUAAUGAUACUUAA